CUCUCUCUCUCACACAGAGAGAGAAAGAAAUGGGUUCUUCUGCUGCUAUACUUUCCCUUCUGCAGACACUGAAUCUCAUUUCCGAAUCCGAUAGUUUUCUUUCCCAUUCAGACAAGCUAUCUAUCCUUGUUGAAAUGGAUUCAGUUGAUGAAACAAUGGCGGAGAUUCCUGGCAGCAAGAAAGUUGAUGCGGCAGCUUAUGAAAGACGAGUCAUAGAUUCUCUCCUAAUAUUCCUACAUCUUAUCGACUCCCACUUGUCUGAUCCAGAUCAUGAUGACGACAUCGGUUUCACUUUGUCUCUCUCCCAACAACUGGAAAUAGUCCAAGAAGAAAUUACUUCGUUUUUCAUAGCAACUGACGAAGAAGAACAGAUCUGCAGCAGCAGCAGCAGGUAUUCUAAUUUUGCUUCUUCAUAUUAUAAUACUGAGAAUCAACAACAGAAUCUCCUGGUGGGAUUGGAUGACCAAAUUAGAGAACUUAAACAAUGGAUUUUCGAUCCCGAUUCCCAUUACUUAGUUCAAUCAGUUAUGGGCAUGACCGGAAUCGGCAAGACUAGCCUUGUUAAACAAGUUUACAACGAUCCACUUGUUAUACAAGAGUUCGAAACUCGUUUAUUUCUGCACAUCGGCCCAGACUACACUCGAUUGGAAGAUAUUAUGCUGCGUGUUCUCGAUGAACUUGGUGUCGUCAUCCCUUCUGAUAAACUAGACGACUCGGAUUAUUUGGAGAAGCAAUUGUCGGAGGCUUUAUCUACUCAAAAGUAUCUAGUUGUCUUAGACGAUGUAUGGGAUGGCGACGCUUAUCAAAUCCUUAGUAAUUUUCCAGAAAACAGAAAAGGAAGUCGGAUCAUCAUCAUAUCUCAGAUCCAAAGAUUGUAUGAAUUAAUUUUUCCGCACAAGCUUAUUAUAUUACCAUUUCUCAACGACGACGACAGUUGGAAAUUACUUCAUCAGACCGCAUUUACUAAUAGAGAGGAGAAGUGCAGUCGAGAACUUGAGAAAAUUGGGAAGAAGAUUGCCAAAAACUGUGAAGGACUCCCAGCAGCAAUUAUACAGGUUGGAGAGAAUCUACGUGGAAAAUCUUUUGAAGAAUGGAAGACAUUAUCAGAACAAGAAGAUCCACUCGUCAUCACAAGAUAUGACGAUACGCCACUCUCAAAGGCACUAUUUUUUAGUUACAUGAUGUUGCCUCAGUAUCUAAAGUCAUUCUUUCUGUAUAUGGGUGUGUUCCCAAAAGAUUAUGGGAUUUCUCGAUCAAAGCUCAUCAAAUUAUGGGUCUCUGAGGGCUUUUUGGAGACAGAACCGGGGAAUGAAGAAACUUUCGGAUACACCUUGGAUCUACUUAUUCUGCGAAGUGUUGUUUUGAGAGGAAAGCACACCUCUGUAGAUAUGUAUAGUUUUAAGGAUUGUAGACUGCAUUUCACCUUUCGAAGUCUAUGUGUUAGUGAAGCUAAGAGUGAAAAGUUUUUCCAUAUCCUGAAAAAAUACACCGAUUGUACUCCGGAGAACAUCAUAAUGCAACAGCGUUUGUGCGUCCACAAUAAUGUUGUUCUUGCUUUAACACAAGUUCAUGAAUGGAUGGAGUCUGUUCCGAAUGCACGAUCUCUUCUGUGUUUCGGUCCAAAACAACAAUAUCCAGUAUUGUUGCCCUUUUGUUUUAGAUUGCUCAAGGUACUAGAUGCACUUGCGAUCCGCUUCUACGAGUUCCCACAUCAACUACUUGCAUUACUUCACUUGACGCACCUUUCCAUCACGUGUGACAGAGAGCUCCCCAACUCCAUAUCCACACUUUCGAACCUCGAGGUAUUGAUUUUCACUCGGCAUCAUAACAUCAAAUUGUCGAAUAAUGGUCCAAUUUAUCUGCCUAUAGACAUCUGGAACAUGUAUAAACUAAAGCAACUUUACUGCAAGGGCUUCGACCUCCCACCUCCUCCGGAUAAUUGUCAUCUUGAGAAUCUCUUAACAGUUUCAGGUGUGAGUGUUCACAGUUGUACCAUGGAAGUGCUUUCAAGAAUCCCCAAGCUAACGAGAAUAGCCGUUCAAAUUGAGUCAGCACACGACUCAACCGAAACCUUCAAUUUUUUCGACCAUGUUGCGUCUCUCUAUGAGAAAUUUCAGUCAUUCAAAUGUGUCGUUGUAAAUCCUAAUCUGAGCUCUCAAAUUGUUCGUUCAGUUCCGAACUUUCCUAUGAACAUUAGGAAGAUAAGCCUGAGUGGAUGUGGGUUUCCUUGGGAGAAUAUGGAAGUAAUUGCUUCAUUACCGAAUCUUAUAGUGCUCAAACUGCGAUGGUAUGCCUUUUGCGGCCCUCUGUGGAAAACCAGCAAAGGACAGUUCCCCAGUCUGGAGUUCUUGCUGCUGGAAGAUUUGGAUAUAGUGAACUUGGAAUUUGACAUUCAAUCCUUAAGGUGGGUUAUUGUUAGGCAUUGCUAUAAAUUGGAAAACAUCUCGAAUCAAUUGAAGUACACCAAACUAUUAGAGAUGGAUGAUUGCAGCCCAUCCUUUAUGAAGAAAGUGCGCGAGUGCCAAUCCUUUUCCGGUGCAGAAGUUAAAAUAAGUUCUUCAAUUACUGAUCUAUAAAGGAUAAUAAUAAAUUCCGAAUGGCUAAUCGUGUGUUGCUCGGCGAUUGAAAUGUCUCAAGUAUUCAAAUGAAGAUGAAGAUUCCUAUUCGGCAAGUGUGGCAAAAUUUCAAAGCUUUCAUAAAACUGUUUAUGAUUUGAUAUUUUCCUGUUUUUGUAAACUUUUUUUUUUUGGCGAUCAUUGAAACAUAUGUUUUUGGAUAUUUUCUUGAUUUAUUCGUGAGGCCAUUCUUGUAACGUAAAAGGUAAUUAAUUUUACAUAAUUUUUACUUUUGCAAUGGCUGGAAAUAAAAAAAGUUUGAUGGAUUCGAUUCUGUCAAAUGAUUGUUGAAUGUGAAA